CCUCGGCUCAGAACCCGGAAGUGUCAUUGGACCUGACCACUGUACUCCCAGCCUCCCGGAAGUGUGACAGUGACAAAGCAGCGGAUCUGCGGGGACAGAGGGGUCUCUAUUACUGGGGACACGUGUGUGUGGGAUAUAGGGGGGCGCUAUUGUGCCGGUCACUGUAUAGAGGGGCGGCGUGUGCUCGGGGGAGCUGUGGGGACACUAUACACAAUAGGCGGCUGUAGGGGACAGUGUAUAGUCAGGGUGGGGUUAGAGGUAAAUACAGAGGGGCAGGUAUAGGGGGGGACAGUAUAGACUAGGGGCAGGUAUAGAGGGGGGAGGUGCCAGUACAGGACACAAUGUAUGACAUGAGGGGGUUGCUGGUCCCUGUGCUCAUUCUCUCCUCCCUGGGCUCCACUUUCCCAAUCACAGACAAGGGACCCCCCACACUCCCCUCCCACGUGCAGCAUGUGGGGGCCCAGUAUGGCUGGCACAAUCUCUCCUGCCCCAUCUGCAAGAUCCUCUUCUCUGUCCUCGACAUCAGCCUGGAGGUGGAGAGUAACCAGGAGGCCGUUGCGGAGCUGGCAGAGCGAGUGUGCAGGGAGUUGCGGCUGGCAGAGCCCAGUGUGUGCCAGCAGACGGUGCAGAUAUUUAAGAAGGACAUGAUCACGGCGUGGGUGAUGUCGAUGCUGCGCCCGUCAGAGAUUUGUGGUCUGUUGGUUGGUGCUGAGUGUGGGACGUGGGACAUUGGAUCAGACUGGAACAUUACUUUUCCCCCUAAACCCAAACCCCCAGUUGUACCCCCUGUGCCCCCCGCUCCUGGCUCCCCUGUAUCCAGAGUCCUUUUCCUAACGGAUCUGCACUGGGACCGGGACUACCUGCCCGGGGGUUCUCUCAACUGUCAGGAGCCUCUGUGCUGCAGGAACCCCCCGACUGACAAUCGGACUGGCGCAGGAUACUGGGGCACCUACAGUAAGUGUGACCUACCUCUGCACACCAUCCAGUCUCUGCUGCGCCACGUCUCUGCCCAGGGGCCCUACCAGGCCGUCUAUUGGACCGGCGACAUCCCCGCCCACAACGUGUGGCAACAGACUCGUGCCAAUCAACUGGACGCUCUGAAAACUGUCACUGGUCUCAUCCAAAAAUACCUGGGCACCAUGCCCAUAUACCCUGCUGUGGGCAACCACGAGAGCACCCCCGUCAACAGCUUCCCCCCUCCUUAUGUGCAGGGAAACCUCUCCUCCCAUUGGCUCUACCACAGCAUGGCACAGGAGUGGCACCAAUGGCUGCCCGAGUCUGCCCUGAAAACCCUCAGGACUGCUGGGUUCUACACUGUGCAGACUGGGCCGAGAUUGCGCUUGGUGUCUCUGAACAUGAAUUUUUGUGCUGUGGAGAAUUUCUGGCUGCUGAUUAAUUACACAGACCCGGCGGGACAGUUGCAGUGGCUGGUGCAGGUGUUACAGGAGGCUGAAGAAAAGGGAGAGAAGGUCCAUAUCAUUGGCCACAUCCCCCCUGGGUCCUGCAUGAAAAGCUGGAGCUGGAAUUAUUAUCGGAUUGUGAACAGGUAUGAGGGCACCAUUGCUGGGCAGUUCUUUGGCCACACCCACGUGGAUGAGUUUGAGAUGUUUUAUGAUGAGGAGACUCUGACGCGCCCCGUGUCCGUGGCCUUUAUUUCCCCCAGUGUCACCACCUUCAUCAACUUAAACCCAGGCUAUCGUGUGUACCAGAUAGAUGGGGAGUACCCGGGGAGCUCCCACAUGGUGUUGGACCACGAGACCUACAUACUGAAUCUGACCGAGGCCAAUGCCCAACCAACGCUGGAGCCUCGCUGGCCCCUCCUAUACAGCGCCCGGAAGACUUACGGCAUGAAAUCGGCAUUUCCAGCUGACUGGGACCUGCUCAUUCACACAUUCCUGCAGGAUGACAAGUUGUUUCAGACUUUCUGGUACCUGCACCACAAGGGCCACGUGGAUGAGGUGUGCCGGGAGAACUGUAAGACUACGCUCCUGUGUGCCCUCCGCACGGGCAGGUCCAGUGACCCUGAGCUGUGUAAGGACCUGCUGCUCCCUGGGAAGCCCGUCUGGCAAAGGAAAAAGUUCUGCUAAUGAACAAGAAGUUCUGCUUUACUGCUCCGACCUCCAGCCCUUACACUUGGGCUCCAAAGCUCAGUCCUGGACACGUGUGGCAUCCCCAGAACCCUCAGAUCCUCCUACACCUUGGAUCACUUGCUUGUUAACCUUCUCACCACUAACAGCUUCUCAUGGAGCUUAUUGGCCUUCACUAGGUCUCUCUCGGGUCCCUAUCCCUAUUAUUAUUAGUCCAGAGAAGGUCUCAUAUAUACAGUAUAUAUAUAUUGGGGUUCCCUAGCCCUAAUUAUUCUCUAACCCUAAAUUAUUAUUAGUCCUGAGAAGGUCUCAUAUAUAUAUUGGGGUUCCCUAGCCCUAAUUAUUCUUAUUGUCUAAUCGUAGUCAAUAUUGACCAUGAGAAGAAGGCAUUUCUGUUUUCCUGUCCAUGUUUCCCAUAAAUCAAUUGCAAUAUCCCCCCCACUGUAGUGACAAAUGUGCGUCCACUACUGACCCUGAUAUUGCCUGAGCUCUGGGCCCUAAAGCUUGCACUCUAAUCACACAGCUCAGACUUCCAGGUGCAGGAGGCGGAGCCUGGGUCUCAUCAGUAUUAAUAGUGUGGUUAUUACACAGGGAGGAGCCACUGGUGGGUUAAUAUAAUAAUAAUAUAAAUAAUAUAUUUACACACAGACUCAGUUACAGAUGAAUUGAAACAUUUCUUGCUUUUUUUGCACAAAUGAAAGUGAAUGAUUUUAGAACAUUUUAUUUGUUUUUUGUUGCUUUUAUGUUUGGGGUUCCCCCCUGGGAGCAAUAAAACAUGGACUUUU